UUGGGAGACCACAGCAGCGACUCUUGUACCGAGCGGCUGCUACACCAGAGUAAUCCAGCUGUUCCUGAUAAACAUCUUCACAUGGAGGCUGUUUUUAACCGCAACAAGGACGACUUGGAGGAUUACUAUGGGUUACUAGGAUGUGAUGAAUUGUCCACGACUGAACAGAUCCUCAACGAGUACAAGAUUCGAGCCUUGGCAUGUCACCCAGACAAAAACCUACAAAACCCUGGAGCAGUGGAAGAAUUCCAAAAGUUACAGGAAGCCAAAGAUGUUUUAUGCAACCACUGCAAAAGAAAAAACUACGACCUUUGGAAAAGAAGCGGUGUAACUAUUCCAUUUCAUGACUGGCAAGCCUUAAAUAACUCUGUAAAAAUGUCAAUGCACUGGGCUGUAAGGAAUAAGAAGGAACCAAUGUUGGAGGCCUCAAAGGCAGAAAUCCCGGUCCCUUCCCAAGCAGCAAGGAUCUCUCCAUGUGAUGAUGCCAUCCAGUCUUCAAGGGAGAGCUGCCAUCCACUUUGCCACUGGGUUUCUGAUUCAUCAUUCAGUCUGCUGCGAAAGUUUAGAAAUUAUGAAAUAUAAACAGAUGACAUUUAAGAACCAGAAAAAAAUCCUAUACUUAAUAUAAGUUAAUGUAAAAUUUGUUGUAAGAUGUUUUGAUUGACUAUUGAUUAAGUUUACUAGUCCAUAUUGGAGUGUAAUGAUCCCUCACACUGGAGUGUCUUUUAUGGUAUAAGGUGUUUUUUGUGGUUUUCAUGUGAUUAUAUUGGGAUUAUUAAACAUGAGCAAAAACAUUA